UUUACUGUCUUCUGCAGGCCGUCCAACGACACUGCAGAUAGGUAAGCCCUCCUUCAUACGAAUGCCGAAGAGAACUAACUGCUCAUGUAGAAUGUUGCGAGAUAGGGAUAUACUUGAGAGACCAGAGCCUGAGAGAAGCCUGUAAAGGAUUUCGUUCUGAAACAUGUCGAAACAUUCGACCGGCACGUGACUCGGUUCGGCUCCGUAACGGAGUUGGCCGAAUUUAUUUGCCUAUUUGUCCACAUAUGGCCAACAACAAUCAAAUCAACCUCUCUGAGCAGUUGCAGCUCUUGCAUGAGCUUAACUAUUCAGACCUCCACAUGCCCUACGGCACUCACAGCAACAAAGCGACCCGCGAAUAUGGUACCAAUCGCGAAGUUCGCUUUCUCGAUGCCAUCGCCGCGGCACUGACCACCGGAAAUCCUGGAGAUGUUUUCGCAGCUGCAUUCGAUAAGCGAGGGCACGUGGAGGUCGUUCUAGCAAAGAAUGGGCCUCUGACCCCCGAGGACAUAGCCGCCGCAAAUGAGCUCAUGUCUCUCAUCGGGGAUCCCACUGUUGCAGAGAGCUCCGCAGCGAUUUCACGUCAGCACUACAGGCAUACCUACCAAAGACUGACAUUCGGGUUGAGUUUCCUGGCCGGGGUGGGGGAGUGUUUCUUGGGAGACGCAGAGACCUCUCAGAAGUACGCAAUACUUUAUCUCCGCGCAGAUGCUCUUGGCCGCUCUCGUUUCCUGAAUACCCUCAUUGCCAAUUGUGGUCCCUUGGAGAUGGAUCGCAAGGGGAGGCUAGAGAAACUGGAGAGGCGUUUAGGCAAGGUUUGCCAAUACGUCAGCGGCAUAUCAGAACUCAUCCAAGGAGCCAAGAAAAUGUUGCCGAUCCGUCACCGCUGGGUUACAGACACUUUUACUGGUAGCGGAGAGGGGGUGUUCCACCUGUGCGAUAGCCCUCACGAUGCCGUGGCACGUGGACUUGGCACAGCUUUAUCGGAGGAUAUUGUGAACAAACUCCACCAGGAUUUUCCCUUCAUUCUCAGUAACUGGCGAAGGCGACAAACUGUGCAUCUUUCCUGUCCAGCACCCAAUCGGGGUCAGCAAGCGAAGCUGCAUUUGCUGUGCUCUGUGGAUUGAAGUCCAUAAUUCCAUUUUUAAAACUCGGUGGUUGACAAGCGGAUCUCAUGGGAAACCAUAUGCGAACUGGGCACUCCCAGGCAC